AUGCCAGCUGAGCUACUAGGCUUUGAUGAUUAUAUUCCUCCUUAUUCAACUAUAAAAGAUCAAGACAUACUAGGAGUGAAUUAUGAUGCAUCUGCAGCUUCUGGAAUUAGAGAUCAAACUCCGCAGCUAUCGGUUGGUGGGAGGAUUUGUAUGAAUGAGCAUAGUUACAGAAAUACUACAUUAAUGCAAGUGGUGAACAUACUAGGUCAAUUUCUUGGUUUUGAAAAUUUAACUCCACCUUGUUCAAUUGAAAGAGGCUCAGAGGGCAUCCUUGUGGGUGUAAACUAUAGAUCAGGUGGUGCAGGAAUUCGCGAUGAAACUGGAGAAGAACUGAGAAAGUAA